UCACUUGUGUCUGUCGCCGCCAUUAAACUCGGCCGACCAUGGAGAGCCGCGGGGUCGCACCAUGAUUCAGGGAGCCUGAACGCCGUGUCACGGUGCGCUUUGUUCCGCGAGAGGUCGACGUGGACGCGAAGGUAAACAUGUGAGAGACGAAAGGAGUGAAAACAAUCCGGAUCGGGACAGGUUUGCCUGAGCAGGAGGAGAGGAGGAGGAGGAGAGGAGGAGGAGGCUGCACAGGACGGGUUUGUUGUGGUUUCCAGCGGCGCUUGAGGGACGAACGAAGUCACGAAACGAACAAAGUGACCCACCAUGACGGAACAGAGGGUUAAGUGGGCCUGUGAAUACUGCACCUAUGAGAACUGGCCAUCUUCAAUCAAAUGUACAAUGUGCCGAGCACUGAGACUGAGGGGUCCCAUCAUCACGGAGGAACCUUACAAGAACAGUCCUGACCGGGACCCCAAUCUGGAAUGGGAUCCUCCCAGAACUGAGAGCGGCAGGAGCCUCCUCAUCUGCCCCGACUCCAGCGCUCGGCCCCGAGUCCGCUCAUCCAGCAUUGUUGAGAUUGCUAAUAAGUGGUCCUGCCAGAUGUGCACCUACCUGAAUUGGCCGCGGGCGAUCCGUUGCACGCAGUGCCUGUGUCAGCGCCCGAGGACCAGCAGCCCCACCGAGUCCCCGCAGACUUCGGGCUGCCGUCCGGCUGUUCACUCCCCCCUGGACACCUGUGAGGAGUAUAAUGACAGGAACAGACUCAACACCCACCAGCAGCACUGGACAUGUACAGCUUGCACUUACCAGAACUGGGCCGGAACUAAAAAGUGUGGGUUGUGUGACCUUCCCAAGCCCAACAACCAGGAAGCCAUAGAGCUGCCAGAGUCCGCAGACCCCUCACCCCUGAUCAUUGAGCAGGAUGUGGCGAGAUGGAGGGGCAUUUGCAGUGGAAGCCAGGGCCAAAGGAGAUCCCCUCCAAUGGCCAAGAGGGAAGACCAUGUCAAAAUGGACUUCCAGAGGAUAGAGCUGGCGGCUGGAGCUGUGAGCAAGGAGGAGCAAGAGGUCGACUUCAAGAAGCUGAAACAGAUUAGAAACAGGAUGAAGAAAACAGACUGGCUGUUUCUCAGUGCCUGUGCUGGCGUCGUCGAGGGAGACCUGGCGGCAGUAGAGGCCUACAAGUCGUCCGGCGGCGACAUCGCUCGACAGCUCACUGCCGACGAGGUGCAGCUCCUCAAUCGGUCCUCAGCAUUUGACGUAGGCUUCACACUCGUCCACUUGGCUAUCCGCUUCAAGAGGCAGGACAUGCUCGCUAUCCUCUUGACAGAGGUAAACCAACAGGCAGCCAAGUGUAUCCCCUCCAUGGUGUGUCCUGAGCUGACGGAGCAGAUCCGCAGGGAGAUCGCGGCUUCACUACAUCAACGCAAAGGAGACUUCCCCUGUUACUUCCUCCCUGAUUUGGUCACCUUCACGCUGCCCGCAGAUAUCGAGGACUUGCCGCCUGCUGUCCAGGAGAAGCUGUUUGAUGACGUGCUGGAUCGAGAUGUGCAAAAAGAAUUGGAGGAAGAAUCUCCCGUUAUCAACUGGUCCCUAGAGCUCGGCACGCGCCUGGACAGUCGUCUUUACGCCCUGUGGAAUCGCACAGCUGGAGACUGUCUGCUGGACUCUGUUCUUCAGGCCACCUGGGGCAUCUACGACAAGGACUCAGUCCUCCGGAAGACCCUGCACGACAGCCUGCACGACUGCUCCCACUGGUUUUACACCCGCUGGAAGGAGUGGGAGUCUUGGUACUCGCAGAGCUUUGGUUUACAUUUUUCCCUUCGAGAGGAGCAGUGGCAAGAGGACUGGGCAUUCAUCCUGUCUUUGGCCAGCCAGCCUGGAGCAAGUCUCGAGCAAACCCACAUUUUUGUUCUUGCACAUAUUCUUCGAAGACCAAUUAUAGUCUACGGAGUGAAAUACUACAAGAGUUUCCGUGGAGAAACGUUGGGAUACACUCGUUUUCAAGGUGUGUACCUGCCUCUGCUAUGGGAGCAGAGUUUCUGCUGGAAGAGCCCCAUCGCCUUGGGCUACACGCGGGGCCACUUCUCGGCCCUGGUGGCCAUGGAGAACGACGGCUACGACAAUCGCGGUGCGGGCGCCAACCUCAACACCGACGACGACGUCACAGUCACUUUCCUGCCGCUGGUGGACAGCGAGAGGAAGCUGCUGCACAUCCACUUCCUGUCUGCUCACGAGCUGGGCAACGAGGAGCAGCAGGAGAAGCUGCUGCGGGAGUGGCUGGACUGCUGCGUGACAGAAGGAGGCAUGCUGGUGGCCAUGCAGAAGAGCUCGCGCCGCCGCAACCACCCCCUGGUCACUCAGAUGGUGGAGAAGUGGCUGGACAGAUACCGCCAGAUCCGCCCCUGUGCCUCCCUCUCCGACGGCGAGGAGGACGAUGAAGAAGACGAGUGAGAGAAGAGGUAGAGAGGACAGACGGAGAGCAAGCUUGAAAAUGGACAUUAUAAGCUCUCUCCCUUCCUACUUUCUUUUUUUGUUUUUGUUUUCCUUUUCAAAAAAAAUGUAAAAGCCCUCACUUGUAAUGAUGCAUGUGUUCUGUGAGCUCUGUGGUAGGGAAGAUACCAGCACUAUCAAACACAAACCUGAUUACUGCCCCCCUGAAAGCACAUCAAGUCCGCCUGGUCUGCCCUCCCGUGCUCUGAUUCCUCCCUCCUUCACAAGUCAUCAUCUCCAGAACAGUAGGAAAAUAUACUCGUUUUAUUUUUAAAGGAAAUCCCAAAGUUUCACUAGAUGAAGAACUUCAUUGACAGACUUGUGUGACCGAAAUCUGUUUGCUUAAAACUGAGAUGCUAAUUCGUGUGUGUGUGUUUGUGUGUGCGCGUGUGUUAAGGGUUAAAGAGCAUCUGUCCUUCCUCAUGGCUAAUCCCUCUGCAAACCCCGUUUGAUGUUGGAUUUAUUUAUUUCUUUAGGAGCCUUUUGUUCUGCCCCCCCUUUUUUUUUUUUUAUGUUCCUGAUUGUUUCACUCAGUCUUGAAGUAUUUUAUUUUGCACAGAUAUUCCCUGCAUUCUGUGAGUGUGACUUGAUGGCUCCUGUUCAUGCUAGAGUGGGUGGUGGUGACGUUGGUGGGGGGGAAAGAGAAACCAAACACUCUGCCUCUUUCAAUGGAGAGCACUAUUAUUAAAUUUGAUUCACUUGCA